AUGACUCGUUCCAGCCGGCUCAAUGUCGGCUUUGUCUCCUAUCUGGCCGCCUUCGCUGGCAUGGCUGAUGCCUUCUGGCGUAUGCCCUGCCGCGGACGGACCGGUCUGGCUAGAUUGGAUCCUCUGAUGGACCCUGGCAAGCCUUCGUACCACGUCCACACUGUCCAUGGAUCUGGCGCGUUCUCCAUGGAUGCCACUGGCGACAUUCUGAAGACUGCUGACUGUACCUCUUGCGCUGUUACCCAGGACAAGUCCGCCUACUGGACCCCGGCCUUGUACUUCAUGCACGAGAACGGCACUGCCCAGAUCGUCGAGGAAGUUGGUGGCAUGCUUGCGUACUACCUCUUGUACGGCGACAAUGUCCAGGCUUUCCCUGAGGGAUUCCGCAUGGUUGCCGGUGAUCCCUUCCAGCGUAACUUCACUUGGCCCAUCCCCGACCCCCCCAAGUCGGAGUGGACUGGUGACCAGGCCUCCCAGGCGGCCCUGAAGCAAAAGGCCCUUGGAUUCAACUGCUUGAACUACAACAAGCAAGCCGAAGCCUCUCUCGGUCGUCACUUCUUGCCCAACAAGACCUAUCUGGAUGAGCACUGCACUGAUGGUGUUCGCUUCGAGAUGAUGUUCCCGUCUUGCUGGAACGGCAAGGACGUCGACAGCGAUGACCAUGCCUCGCACGUUGCCUACCCUUCGCUGGUCAUGGACGGUACCUGCCCGGAGGGCUUCGAGAAACGCAUCGUUUCUCUUUUCUUCGAGACUAUCUGGAACACCUACGCCUUCAAGGACUAUGAGGGUUACUUCGUCUUGUCCACUGGUGACCCGACCGGAUUCGGUUACCACGGUGACUUCAUGCACGGCUGGGACCAGGACACUUUGGAGGCUGCAGUCAAGCAGUGCACCAACCCCUCCGGUGAAAUUCAGGACUGUCCUCUGUUCGACAUCCAGAGCGAAUCUGAUGAGCAGCAGUGCAAGUUCGAGAUGCCCGAUGAGCUGAAGGACGAGGAAGAGGAGGUCGAGAUUUGCACCACCGGUCUUGUCAACGGCUUGGCCGUCGAGUGGGGUCCUCAGUACGCCUUCCCCAUCUCGUACACCACUUCUACCAGCGCCAGCGCCCCCGGUGUCUCUGUGUCCGCCUCGCUCGGUCUCGACCUCAACAUUGGUGGCUUGUUCGGCAACCUCUUCGCUGGGUCGAGCAGCGCUACCCCCACCCCCUCAGCCGAGCCCAGCUCCUCCACCCCGGUUGCGGACAGCUCUAACGCCGCUGCCAACUUGGUCGCUUCCACUCCCCAGUCGACUUCCACUCCGUCCAGCACCCCAACUCCCACCCCUACACCUACUUCCACGACUCCAACUUGGACUCCGACUCCCACCUCGUCUUUCAUCUCGGGUGUUGUCCAGGAGGACACCGUCAUCUACGCGCAGGAAGUCCAGGUCUUGGUUGACCAGGACAACAAGCCCAUCGAGACCGAGACUGGUAGCUUGGUGACUCUCUCCACUUCCACCACUACCACCACUGACGUGAUCUCCACCGCUGUCAGCAUGGUCACUGAGGCUCCCCGCAAGCGUCACUACCACGGCCGUCAUCACCGCCGCAACAACUUCUAA